AUGCGUAUCCUCCACCCUUUCUGGCUUUCGACCAAUGCUUUGCUACUGCGCCUGGUCACAGCAUCGCCUCUCCCAGAUAUAUCAGAGGAUGCCGGACAGGCUGCCGGGAAAGUUGAAGAUGCCUACCACGAAGCAUCCGACGGCACAAAGAAUGCUUUCGACUCAACCAAGCACUUCUUCACUGGAGAUCCUCAGCCGGCCCCAUUGCAUCUUGCAUCUGGACACCAGUCUUGUACUGCCACCGACAAUGUGUUCUUCAUCUCGUACUCCAUCAACAUUGGCUCCAACUACGACGCUGCGCGAUGCGAAGUUCUCAAGCACAAGCUCAAGCAAGCAGAAGAUGUCAGCCAUUGGCAGUGCGUCGAUGAUAACAGCGAUGGCGCUGCAAAGAAUGGCAGGGGCAUGUACAGGCUGUGGUUCAAUGCCGGAAGGAAUCGAGGCCACGGACUGAGCAGGGCUCUGCAAGAAGAGUUCAAGGAGAUCAAUGCCUUCAAUUGUCCAGGCUGGUAG